GUCUGUGGGGAGAGGGGGAAGAGGGGGAAGAGGAAAUAGGAAACGUCAGCAAAGAGCCGGUGAAUUUUUCUUCCACACUCCAAAAGGGCUUUGACAUUCACAGUCACAACAGUGGUUUGGUGAGUAGUAGAGCAGAUGACAGUAGACGACGAGAAUUCGAUCUAUGUGGGCGGACUACCCUACGAUUCUACUGAGGAAACCCUUCGUGAGGCCUUCCAUUAUUAUGGCUCCGUCGUUGCCGUUAAGAUAAUUAACGAUCGUGAAGUUGGUGGGAAAAGCUACGGAUUUGUUACUUUUACAAAUCCCAAGUCCGCAGAUAAUGCUAUCCAUGAAAUGAAUGGCAGGACCAUUGAUGGUCGGGUUGUAAGAGUAAAUGAAGCAAGGACCCGAAGUGGGAGACCACAUUUUCAUCGGGAGAAUUUCUAUCGCGAUUCCGAGAGGGAUGUGGAGCAGGAUAGGAGCAGAGAGCAAGACAGGAACUAUGAUCCUGACAGGGGCCGCUAUCGUGAUCGAAACAAUGAUCGCUCUCGAGAACGGGAGCAAGGGCGAGAAAGGGAAUAUGAACGUUCACAUGAUCAUGAUCAAACAAGAGACCGUUUCUUGGUUCGAGAUCGAGACCGAGACCGAGACCAAGACCAAAACCUGGAAGACAAUGAGGAAGAACGUAAUCAGAACCAUGAACAUGAUCUAGACUGGGACCGUGAUAAGGAUGUGGAUAGGAAUGAUUGUGAUAAAAGCAAAGACAGGGAUAAGAACCAGCAGUCAAGAAUUCGGAACCGUUCCCGUCUCAAUGAUCAGCAUAGUAGGGAGCAGUCUUCAAACUCCAGCGUUGAUUACCUUGAUCUGGUUGAGGAACAGUUGGAGGUAUCAAAUCAAAGGCGCGAGGAGCUCCAAAAGGAGAUUUCACAAAUUGAAGAGAAAUCAAAAGAGAAAGAACAGCUGGUGUCAGAUUUGCAGAAGAAAUCUCUAAAACUGGAGGAUGCCCUGGCCACUGCAAAGACGCUAUCUUCACACAGACAGAUGCAGUUGACCAAGUUGCAGAGAUGUUUUCUGCAAGUAAAAGAUUACACUGAGAAGUCAAAAGCUGGUGAACAGGAACUCCAGGCUCUUGUUGAUACAACAAUAUUUGAAGCUAGUAUGGGUGAUGAUGCUUCUUGAAGUAUAUGGCAUCAUUCACACAAGUUGCGAGGCAUGACAUAACAGCCUCAGUUGAAUGAUCUUUACUACAUGAUGGAUUUAGUGGUUAUGCCUUAUGGUUGUUUGAUAUCUUGAUCUAUUGACUCAUCUUAACUUGCUUGUUAUUUUCUAUGACAGCUUCUUGGAUCAGUACGAGUGAUUGAAAUACCGCUCUUUC